AUGCUGGAGCCCGGCGAGCUGCAGGUCCCCGGCGGCGGCAUCCCCGAGGAGCUCUCGCAGCUCGCCCGCCUGGCCCUGUCCGGCGACGAAGCCUCCGGCGAGCAGGACGCGAGCGGGGCUCCCGACAAGACUGGCUUCCCGGACCCCGUGUACGUGAUGGCGGCGAACAUCUUCCAGGGCAUCCGGAUCGAAACGUCGCCCGAGAAGCUCCUGAUAAAGUACGGGAGCGAGCCCCUGCGGCCCGCGGCCGGCGAGUCCGAGGAUGAGUCCCUCCAGCAUCUGGCCUACGAGCUGGCCUUCAGCACCCUCAAGUAUCAAGGUAUUUUGGAAACUAUAUUAAUAGAUAGCAGCAUCUUCCCAAGUACUACAAUACCAGAUCAUUUGAGCAGUUUAAUUAUUGUGAUGCUGUAUGAUUUCCAAGAUAGAAAAUUUCAAGCUCGUCUCUUUACUGAUAACCAACAGUGCAUAGUGGAAGUUCAAGAAGUAGAGAACCUUCUUAACAGUUUUAAGACAAAAUUGGCUGCGGCAUUGGCAAGAUAUCGAAUCAAACAUGAUGCCCUUUCCAUUUACCACAUUCUUCCAGAAACUGUUAGGAACCAGGAGCGAAGGGCCUCCACUUUGCCACUUUAUGCUUGGAUAAAUGCUUUAAAAAUUAGACCUGAAGAAGUUUAUCAUAGUUUGAAGAAAAGAGGCUACACUAAAGUCAAUACUAUAUUGAAUAUUGGUGGAAAAGUCUUUGCUGUGGACCAGCAUUGCUAUGAUGUCUUAAUUUUUCCAUCUUAUCUUAAAAGUGAUCUUCUAAAUAUAGAUCUCUUCAAAGAUCAUAAACUCAUAUUUCAGGACAAAUCUCGAAGUCUUGCUGUCCAUUCUGUAAAGGCUUUAUUAAAUGUGGAUGAUGAUAUCUUAAUGGUCAAUACAGGUUCAUGGUACACAGUUGCCCAUAUGUCAAACUUAAUAAGUAAAAACUCAAAAAUAUUUGUGUGUGGAGUACAAGCACAAGCUAAGCAUCCUGACCUGAAGAAACUUUUCACAAAAAUGGGAUGUAAAAAUAUUGAAAUACUUCCUGAAUCAUUUCUGAACAUUGAAUGGAAAGAUAAUAGAUUACAGAAAGUUAAAGUGAUUCUCCUGCUACCUCGUUGUUCAGGACUGGGGAUUAGUAAUCCAGUAGAAUUUAUUUUAAAUGAGCAUGAAGAUACAGAUUUACUUAAAGAUUUCUCUCAAGGAGGCACAUCAGAAGAAAAACUUCGUUUUCUUGCUCAACAGCAAUAUGAACAGCUAGCACAUGCAAUGAAAUUUACGAAAGCUCAAGCAGUUGUUUACUGCACAUGUUCAGUGUAUCCAGAAGAAAACGAAGUUGUUGUUAAGAAAGCACUGGAAUUUCAAGACCCUGGGACCAAAAUACAACCUUAUAGGCUUAGCCCUCCCGUCCUUCCACUGUGUGCCCGAAGGGAAAUACAUUCGUCUGCUGAUAAAUUCUUCAGAAUGGAGCCAUCUGAAAUUACCAACGGUUGUUUUCUUUCUGUUCUAACAAGGGAGCGGGACCCGUCGGAGACGGUGUCUGUGAAAGACGUUUUGGCCCGUGCUGCAGCAAAGGGUCUCCUGGAGGGAAUUGAGUUGGGUAAAUCUUCAAAACGGGAAAAGAAGAAAAAAUCAAAAACAGCAUUGCCCAAAGCUCCCACUACUGACAGUAAAGGCAUUCAAACGAAAAUUGCUGAGUUCCUGAACCGAGAAACUAAUGCAAAUGCUAAGCGGCCACUACAGCCAACUACAGCAAAAAUAUCUCCUCUACAAAAAAGUACAAUUCCAGUGGCUUCUUCCUUACAGGUCAGAAAACCCACCAAGCCUGCCGCCAGUCCCUUGGUGCCUGCAUUUAUGAAGAACCCAUCCCUCCCCAGACCCUACGAACGUCCCUCAAAUCUCGUAAGACCUCGCCCGGAAGACAAGAUGGUUGUACUGAAACCCGUAGAGAUUGUUUUGCCUCCAGUGAUGUUCCCAUUAUCGCCUCCCCCCGGAAUCAGACCUCAUAUACCAACUCAACAUUUUUACUAUGGUUGGUUUGCUCCCAAAACUACUAUGCCCGGCUACCAUUCCACACCGAUACCCAGAAAAGCGGAAAAGCCUAAAGGAAACUUACCUUCUUCUCUACGCAGACAUCGUCGACCAUGGCUUUGACUGUCUUGUAUGUGUGGUGGUGUUUUUCUACAGGGUUUUUCUUUUUUUUAAGCCUGAUAUUUCUCUGAAUGUUAGAUAUCCCUACACAAGAUACUCAUCCUUUCAGUCAUUAGUAUCUUCUACAUGUGAUAUUACCUUUAAGGGAAUUAAGACAAAUGAGACAACAUGGUCCUGUAGGUGGUUAAGCAAAACAAAACUCCAAGAGAUUUCACCAUCUCAGUGCCGAUCUGUCCUACAAUGGCCACGUGUAGACCCAGCAGCUGUUAGAACUUGUCUCCCUCUUACUUUCAGUGGGGACCUCGGACACCACUUUGAAAAGAAAGCUACAACAGUUUUUCCUGGAGGGAAACACUGCCUUUUCACAGGCUCUUUUCCUAACUUAAUUUUUGAGGCCAUUUAUUAGAAAGCGCAGGUGUGGAAAAGACGCUGGCCCCUCACCGACUUUAGAUUGCUCUUCAGUGUCUAGUCAGUCAUAGUCCAACAUUUUUAGUCACAACCAAGGUUCACUUUUUCUUAAAUAUCAGAACAUCCAUCAAGUCGGGGCUGACGUGAGUUUUGAUGGAGGUUGUCUGAGUAGGAAGGACAGGAAGCUCCGAAGUCCCAGGUGUGGGUAGUUCAGAUGUCCAGUUAGAGUGAGCACUAGUUCUCAUGGGAAGAGCUUCCAGGAUAUUGAGCAGAUGGGACAUAAUCAGCCCUCCCUUCUAUGUAUGCCAAAUAAGAUUGUAAAAAAGUGACUAUAAGCUAAUUUCCAUCUAAGUAGUAACAAUUCUGAGGAAGAGGCAAAUUGUUAAAUACAAGUGACACCUAUUGUUGAAGAAACCUAUAACAAUUUGAUUUUAUUCAAAGAUCAAAUAUUGAAAUCUGAGUCAUGUCAAAUGGCACACAGUAAUCAAAUUUUGGUAAAUCAUUUCUGAUGCACAAUGAAAAUAUAGCAGUAUGUUAAUUAUAUUAAAAAUCAAUUAAUCUUGACUAUAUGAUCAAUUGUCUACCAAGAAUUGGUAUGAUUAUCAUUUCUGGGUCUAUCGAUUUUUCCCCCUAUCAUGGCAAAAGAAAUUGCUUGACAUUAAGUGGAAUAAAUGACACCUACAAAUCCUAUUGUUCAAAAAGUGUUCAUAGACACAUUCAUAAAGUUUGAAUUUAAAGUUCUAUUUUCAGAAUCCAGUUGUGUUGAACAGUGUUAUGUAAAUUUCUGAAUAUUCCAAUUUAAGAGGCAUGAUUUUAUAGAAUAUAACCACUUCCAGAUGAAUGUUUAGAUCUGUUUCAACUCUAAUGCUCUAGUCUUUAUUUUCUCACUUGAAGUGAGGAUAAAAAAUGGUGAAUAUCAUUUUAGCAGUAACUUAUUUUUAUUUUA